GCUGUAUGCGGCCUUCAUCCAACGAUAGCCUCAUCUCUUUCUGUCUGGUUGUUUGUUUCCCUUGUUUUCCAUUUUUUUUCCUCGAUUCCUGUGUGGUUCACUUCGAUUUGCUUUCGAUCAUGGAGAUGGAGCGCAUAACCGAGUUUCCCCUUACGCACCUGGAUCGGCGACCCAGGAAAAGGACUCGUUUGGGCUGGGACGUUCCUCAGGUUCCUAAGGCUCAGGUAGGAUUAUUUUGUGGACAAGAGGUUGGGAAUGUAACAAGCUAUGCAUCUUCUGGAGCAACCUCAGACCAUUCUACCUCUAGUUCUCUAUUUGUAAAGGGAGUGGCUCCAAAUGGUUCUCCCCCAUGGCGGGAAGAUGACAAGGAUGGCCAUUACAUGUUUGCGAUUGGAGAAAAUUUAACUUCUCGCUAUAAGAUACACAGCAAGAUGGGUGAAGGCACCUUUGGUCAGGUUUUGGAAUGCUGGGACAAAGAAAGAAAGGAGAUGGUUGCAAUCAAAAUAGUCCGUGGGAUUAAGAAGUAUCGUGAAGCAGCUAUGAUAGAGAUUGAAGUGCUGCAACAGCUUGGUAAACAUGAUAAAGGUGGAAAUCGUUGUGUGCAAAUACGGAACUGGUUUGACUAUCGUAACCAUAUCUGUAUUGUUUUUGAGAAGCUUGGACCAAGCUUAUACGAUUUUCUUCGCAAAAACAAUUAUCGCUCAUUUCCCAUUGAUCUUGUCCGUGAGAUUGGAGGACAACUGUUGGAAUGUGUAGCAUUUAUGCAUGACUUGCGUCUGAUUCAUACUGACUUGAAACCUGAGAACAUUCUUCUAGUUUCUCCAGAUUAUGUGAAAGUUCCUGAUUACAAGGGUUUGUCCCGAUCACCAAAGGAAGGCUCCUACGUUAAGAGAGUCCCAAAGUCGAGUGCUAUUAAGGUGAUUGAUUUUGGUAGUACUACUUAUGAGCGCCAAGAUCAGAACUACAUUGUAUCCACACGACAUUACCGUGCUCCAGAAGUUAUUCUGGGACUUGGGUGGAGUUAUCCUUGUGAUACAUGGAGCGUUGGUUGCAUCUUAGUGGAAUUAUGCACUGGCGAGGCUUUAUUUCAAACCCAUGAGAAUCUGGAGCACCUAGCAAUGAUGGAAAGGGUCCUUGGGCCCCUGCCUCAGCAUAUGCUGAAGAGAGUCGAUCGGCAUGCAGAGAAAUAUAUCAGAAGGGGUAGACUGGACUGGCCUGAAGGUGCUACUUCAAGGGAAAGUAUUAAAGCUGUUACGAAGUUGCCUCGCCUUCAGAAUCUAGUAAUGCAGCAUGUUGAUCACUCGGCUGGAGAUCUGAUUCAUCUCUUGCAAGGAUUGCUUAGAUAUGAUCCCUCAGAUAGGCUAACUGCUCGGGAAGCACUAAGGCAUCCCUUCUUUACAAGGGACCAAUUAAGGAGGUGACCGCCAGAUUGUUGACGACCAAGGCUUAAGCAAGCUUAUUGUAAAUGGUGAACAGUUUGGUUUGACAGCCACGGGCCCAGGGCAAUGAUAACUGUUGGUCGGCGGAUGUAAAUAAAUAUUCCUCGUGAAAUUGUUAGGCCUCCGCCUCUUAAAUGUGGGUGGUUAAUUUGCAGGCACUGCUCUGCCGUACCUAUACUAACCCCAACUCCAUGUGUGCAAUUAAAAAUCACUCCAUAAAUAUGGGAUAGAGGAAUUAUUUAUUUAUUUUUUGUUGGAGAA